AUCCACACGACUGUGCGAAUAUCACCAUGACACAUCAAACACGUUUCAUUUUGUAUCAAAAGAUUUGCCCUGCUGUGGGAAAAAGUAAUCGGAUUUAACCACGCCCCAUAUUGUGUAUGAGACCCUCUAUUGGACAACAGGGCUGACGGCAAGCGGAGUUCUGUGAUUUGAGAGGUUCUUCCAGCUGUUUCAUGCAGUGUUACAAAACCAGAAUAGCAACGCAAAAAUGUAGGGCUUGUGGAGCUUUAUCAUAUUCGUUUUUGCUUUUGCACUGGAUUGGGAUCGGUUCCAUCGAAAGAUCAAAUGGACUUCUUUCCUCUCCUGCCUCUUCUCUACACACUCAUCAGCUGUCACCCUGAGGAGCAGCUGGGUCCCAACAGCACCCAUCACCAUGACUACUGUGUUCUGGGGGCUGGACCUGCAGGCCUUCAGAUGGGCCACUUCCUGGAGAAAAGUGGGAGGGACUAUAUCAUUUUGGAGAGGAACACUGGCCCUGGGAGCUUUUUCAAUGUCUAUCCACGACACCGAAAACUCAUCAGCAUCAACAAGAUCUACACUGGGAGGAAGAACGGGGAGUUCAAUCUGCGCCAUGAUUGGAACUCUCUGUUGAGUGACAGGCCAGACUUGCUGUUUCAGCGAAUCAGUCGUCAACUGUACCCAGAAGCAGAUGACUUUCCCCGCUAUCUCUCCAUGUAUGUGAAAGAAUUAGGACUUAAGGUGCGGUAUGGAGUGGACAUUGGGAAGAUCCGGGCCACUGACCUGAGCAGUAAAAGAGGGUACAUCCUGACUGAUCAGUAUGGAUCUAUCUACAAAUGCAGUGUUCUGUUGGUGUCCACUGGUUUGUGGGUACCUCAGCAGGUGGAUUUUGUGGGGUCAGAUCUAGUGGAGGGUUAUGAGUCCAUUCCUGUGGAUCCUGAGGAGUAUAGGGACCAAGCUGUCCUGAUUCUGGGCAAGGGAAACGCUGCCUUUGAGACGGCCCAGAGCAUCAUGGGUAGAGCAAGUCGCGUGCACCUGUACAGCCCAAACCCUGUGAGACUAGCCUGGCAGACGCAUUAUGUUGGAGACCUGAGGGCCGUGAACAAUGAGCUACUGGACACGUAUCAGCUCAAGUCCCUGGAUGGCCUUGUGGAGGGAAGCCUGGAGGAUAUUGCAAUCGUGACGAGAGAAAGAGGGAGUAGAGGAAGAAGAGGGGGAGGUAAGAGGAAGAAGAGCAGGGCUAAGGAGGGCCAGGGGAGGGGUCAGCUGUUCCUGACGCUGGCCGAACUUCUGGAUGACAGCUCCAGGAACCACAGCGCCAAGGUCAAAGCAGAAAACCUGCCGGGUUACCACAACGACAACUUCUCCCUUCGCCAGCCUUAUGAUCGGGUGAUCCGCUGCCUUGGGUUCCGCUUCAAUUUCUCCGUCUUUGAUGGCUCUGCUUGCCCUGUCCACAGUAGAAGUGCCAGAGGGCGGUUACCGGAACUCACGGCUUGGUACGAGGGUCGGGGAACCCUGAACAUGUUUGUGCUGGGGACAGCUGCUCACUCCCGUGACUACCGCAUGUCUGCUGGAGGAUUUGUGCAUGGCUUCCGUUACACAGUGCGUGCAGUCCACAGAGUUCUAGAGCAACGUUACCAUGGCAAUGCUUGGCCUGCCACCAAGCUCCAAACCAGUCAGCUGCUCUCCUGGCUGCUGAAAAGGGUUAACGAAGCAUCUGGACCAUACCAAAUGUUCGGGGUGCUGGGGGAUGUAGUUUUACUGCAUGGAUCCUACUGUGAGUAUCUGGAGGAGUUCCCUGUUCAGGCACUGCCCCAGCUGCCUGUUCUCUCUGGUCAUCGGGUUCCAGAGAAGGGCCUGUUGGUCCUGGUCCUGCAGUAUGGUCUGAACCGCACAGACAGUCUGGGGCCAGGCCGGGCAGAGUCUGAGUGGACCCAGGCCUGGAAGUCCAGCUUCCUUCACCCAGUUCUGUAUUACUAUGACACUCUACCUACUGAAAAGGACAUGCGUCUGCGCCCUGUCGGCUGGCCACUACCACGCCCCAAGGCAAUACACCACAUGAUCGAAGACUUCCUGACAGAGUGGGACCAGCCCAUCUCUCACAGCCAGCCACUGCGGCGCUUCCUGGAACACUGUUUCGAAAGGGACCUAAGGACAUUCUAUGCAGAAUCCUGUUUCCGAUUAUCUCUGACCAGUCAGAAGCCACCUGUGUUCUGUCGUCAGGGUUACCUCAAAAGGCAGGGGAUUGUGGGCAAUCAGAAAUUAUGGAAACAUGCACGUGAUGCUGGACUCAUGCCUGACCUCCAGGACCCUCAGGUUCUCAGAAAGAACACCCAGCUUCCUCAGUACUUACCCCACACUGGAGCUGCAGUCACAUCGGCCAUGAACUUUGAUGGACUUUGAUUUAUGUCCAAAUAGAACCAAAGAUCUGGGGCAAGUCUGGACCUCCUCUACCUCCUCUCUUUCCCUUUUUUUCCAAAGAGGUCGAAUGUUUACAUUGUAAGAUGCAUUUUCCUAUGGUGGCAAGGGUGUGUAUGUUACACUAUAUUAUAUGAUGACUGUUAUGGCUGUUGUAUGUGCCUAAAAUGUGUGUUUAAGUGGAAGUACUUUUUGUAUUUAAAAUGAUGCUUUUGGUCAUGUCCAAUAUUUUCAUCAUAAUGCAAAGCUCCUUUAGCAUCAGUCGCAUGUGAAAUUUUAUUUGUGGCUCAACAGAAGCCUUUAACUUUAAGUAAUUACGAAGUGUCAUUAAAAGUCUAGUUAAGAUGACAGAAGUUACAGUCCACCUAGCAGCAUAAACAACGGGACAAUAUAGUCUGAAGUCUGAAUAAGCAUUUAUCAUUCAGAGAAUUGGUGCAGAAUGAUUUCAUGUAAUUUAAUAUGGGGAAACCAGUUUGCUUGCAUAGGCAUAAAUCUGCUGUGAGCUUUCUGGAUUGUACAACUCACGAAAGAAAUUGUACUAUCAUUUUAGCCCAUAGGCCUAAUAUCAGUAUCAAUAUCAAUAUCAAUGAUCAGAUCGCCUUAUCAAAAUCGCCGAAGCCUUCCAUCAUACCUAAUUAAACAGAUUAAAGAUAAA